AUGAACACUAGAGGAGGGAAAAAGGCAGAGGAGCCAGAUGACGGGGGUGCUAUACUGUCUGGCUCUGCAACGUCUUGUGGUGUUCCAAACAAUGAAGUGGAGGAAUUGACGGCCCUGGUGAAAUCCUUGAUCUUAGACCAGAGUGCCAGAGACAAACGACUGGAGAAAGAAAUGUGUCUACAGGAGCAACGCUGGAAGGCUAUGCAGCAGCAGUUUCAGCAGAUCCAGCAGCAGCAAGGUCAGCAGUCUGAGCACUCCGAGCUAAAUGUGCGAAGACGUACGAUCGGUAUACAGCCGUCUCGUGACUAUGAAGAGGACUUUGAAGAUGACGGGCCAGACCCUGGCAGCGAUGGCUACAGGCCGCGGAGGGAGCCCAAACUCCCGCGCGCACGCAUAUGUCUUUGUUUGGGUGCGGUGGUCACGGCGUUUGGUGACCGGCUGCCUCCUCUGUGGAGCACGCUUGUGGGCUUGGGCGCCACAGUCUGGGUUGUGCGUGUGUGCAUGUCCUCCUCCUCGACUUCGAGCUGCAGUAAGGACCAGCCAAUAAUCCACCUGGCUCUCCCCCUCCUCCCGCUGUCCGUGCGCACGAGUCUUGCGUUGGCCGGCACGGUUGUCCACGUGCGGUCCCAAGCGGGGGCCGCCGCCCCAGAAAAGAAAUCGUUGUUUUGUCCAUUCAUUGUCCUCAUACACAACACUCACCACUGUGCACUGUCCUCACGGUGCCGUGAAAGGCGCACUCUGAUUCGCCCACACACCAGCACUGCUGUGGUGGGGCGUCUUCUGCGAGGCGUUCAGGUGCGCUCCGACUAA